ACGUGGUGUUUGUUGGAAAGCUAAAUGACGCGGUUUUCUGCACCUGUUCAUCUGCUGCUUGGACCCGGAGAGUGGAACAAAUUAUUUUCUGUCGCUUUAGAUACGAGCUGCUCCGGAGCGCCUCCAUUGCUUUACUACAUCCAGUCUGUCACCUGCUGCCAGAGUCUGUGUAACCGGAGGCCACACAUUCACCAUCUCCCCUGAAAGAUGAUCCACUUCUAGAGCGACUCACCGCACAGCUUGGUUUACUUACUUCGAGCCAAUGAGACGCAUUAAAACCAUCAGCGCUGUGAUUCUUCUCGUCUCUUUAAUUCUGGUCUUCUUCUACUCGUCGCUGCACCUGGAGUCCGCCUACGGUCACCAGGCUGGCCUGGAGGACGUCCUGAGGCAGCACAGCCUCGAGGUCCACGACAGCGAUGUGAAAAUCCAACCCCCCACCCAGGAGGCCUCCACCACGCCUCAGCCCAAGCUGAACGCCACCAUUUCCAACAACCUCAGAAAGGCCAUCCCUCAGAACGGAGCGUACUGGAACCGCCUGCUGUAUUCGGCCCUGAGGAGCGUGGAAAAUGCCGAAAACCACAUCAGAGGUAACUCCAGUUGGUCUGGCUGCAGAGAGACGAGUCAGGAGCUUCUGCAAACCAACAUACAGGACUUCACCACCUACCCGGUGCUGUUUCAGACUUUUUUGCAGGGAAUGAAGUGCAAGUCUCCUCCGGUCCUCAUUGACCAACCCAGCUGCAACAAUACCUUCCUCCUUUUGGCCAUCAAGUCGACUCCCGAGCACUUUGAGCAGAGGCAGGCGGUGCGGGAGACGUGGGGCCGUGAAGGGAUGUAUCCGGGCGGACUGAGAGUUCGCUUGGUGUUCCUCUUGGGUAGCUCCCCUCCGGAAGACCCCGACUUCACCCCGUUGGUGGCCCUUGAAGCCAAACACUACGGAGACAUGCUGCAGUGGGACUUCCGCGAAUCCCUCUUUAACCUGACGCUCAAAAUGAACGUGCUCCUCCAGUGGGCUCCCAAAAGCUGCCAUCACGCUUCCUUCAUCUUCAGCGGGGAUGACGACGUAUUCGUCAACACUCCUGCUUUGCUCAGGUACCUGCAGUCUCUGGGGGCUUCGAAAGCUUCUCGGUUGUAUGUCGGGCAUGUCAUAAGCUCAGCGAGCCCCCACAGAGACCCUAAAAACAAAUACUUCAUUCCCCUGAGCUUCUACGACGGCCCAUACCCUGCUUACGCUGGCGGAGGCGGCUUCGUUUUCUCCGGAGAUUUGCUGCAACCGCUGCAUUCAGUCUUACGCCUCGUCCCUUUCUUUCCCAUCGACGACGUCUACAUUGCGAUGUGCUUUAAGGCUUUAGGAGUUUCUCCCGAGGCCCACGCAGGAUUUAAGACCUUUGACGUCAAGGAGCAGGAUCGGGAGAACCUGUGUGUGCACAAAGAUCACCUUCUGAUUCACCGGCGCUCCCCACAGCAGAUGAAGAAGCUGUGGAAGGGCAUCCACAGCCCCUUCUUGACUUGUUGAACACAAGGAGCAACAAAAAAAAAGACAUUAAAUGCUUAGUUCAGUAGCAUGUCAAAGCCUGAUUAAUGUCUUUUUCACUGUUGUGUAAAAGGAGGAGUCAUAAUGGAGGGUUUUUGACCAUCUACUGUAGAGCAACGGGGCUAUUAUGGCCCCUGCUGCAUGAAAUGGGCUACUGGGACUGUGUCACAGGGCAUUUCCCAGUAAAGUACUGGCAUCUUUUUCCCUGUGUAUCCUGUAAUAUGAUAACUUAAAGGAAUCUAGUUCAGGCAUGCAUACUGGAUAGCAGAACAGCUCAGGAAGAAUAUACAUUGAAGACAGCAGAUUUUGGACCUUGAUUGCCAGUUUGGAGAAGGUAAGAUAGUGGAUGUAAUAAACUAUAAUAUGUUGUGUUCUGGUACAUUUCUUGUAUAGUCUGGGAUAGUGCAUGCUAUGAGACAGUGUAAAAUUAGUGGCCUACAUCAAAAUUUCACUAUGCUGGUUCAUUUUCCAUCCAAGUAUGUGUGGGGCUAUUCUGGCCCUAACCCUUGCAUUGAUUAUGAGCCUGUAGUUUAUUUAUUAUGUUUCCCAUUUAAAAACUGUUUAUAUUAUUAAAUGGUGCUGUUGAGGUGCAUUGUGUACCAUUCUAUCAUGAUUUUGUGCAUAUUAACCAGUACAACCAGUACAAAUAUCAUAUGACAGAAAAAGGGGGCCAGAAUAGCCCCAUGUUGCCCUAUAUUUUAUGGAGUGAAAUACAGAAAAUUGUGUUAGCUCCACCAGCUUUACCAGGACUGGGUAUCUUAAUAGCAAAAAAAAGUUGAACCUUGAUUAAAAACAUUUAAAAGGUCACAAUAUCACUUCAAAAUCAAUUAU